CAGGACGAUUGCGUCGAUUUCGACCCGUGCAUGCGCCACGACGCGACGAAUAGAGGUCCGUCGCUUGAAAAUGAGAAAAAACAUGACAAAGUGGUGAGUGCUCCUACGAAAAUGAAUCGUUGUUAAAUUUUACAUAAAUAAGAUACCCGCUGACAAACAUGACCUAUGCUUUCUAUAAUUUGCUGGAAACGGAAGAAAAGAUGAAUGCCAAAGUGAACGAAACUGAGUCGAUUCGAAACGGACACAGUCUGCCCUGUGAUGACAUCUGGACGUGGGAUAGAAAUUAUCAUAGCCGCGAAGUAAUAUUGAGUGGAACGCAUCUGCGCAAAGCCCUUUUUCAUCCAAACUGGAGCAGCGGAACGGCUGCGGUAAGAGGAACACGAGUACUGAACAAUGGCAGGUACUAUUGGGAAUUGCAUUUAACCAGAAGAAUUUUUGGAACCAGUAUGAUGUUUGGAAUUGGUACAAAAAAGGCACGGCUUCACGAGGACUCCUUUGUUAACCUCUUGGGAAUAGAUGAAAAUAGUUGGGGAUUGUCUCACAAAGGAUUAAUCUGGCACUCCGGCCGUUGGACAUAUUAUACCAAGCCUUUUCGAGAAAACGUAGCCACAAAAAUUGGAAUAUUAUUCGAUGGAAUUGCAGGAACCUUAACGUAUUACAAAGACGGAAAAUGUCUUGGUGUAGCGUUCAGGGGUCUAAACGACGUUAAGGAGCCGCUGUAUCCGAUCAUAAGUUCGACCGCAGCAAAAACUGAAAUUGUAUUGGAUCGUAUGAAACGAGACUUUGUAAAUCUUCAGGAUAGGUGUAGGGCGGUAAUUGUAAAGAGGAUCAGGUGUAAAGACGACCUGAGCGAGUUGCAGUUGCCUAUUAAAAUACAGUGGUACCUAGCGGAGGACAUUGAAGAGGCAGUGGAACCAUUCAGACAACUCGACCAAAAUAUCAAUUACCUGACUUGCGAUUGAUACGAUGGUUUCCCUUUCGAUGUGUGUAAAUUAAUCAUUGUUGCAUCUCGGAAAUUAUGAUUGAUGAGUAAUGUGUUGGUUACGAUGUUUAGAAGUCCACAAGUAGCGUAAUGGACAUUUUUUUUGCAGAAAUCAGAAUCGCAAACGGAAAAGAAUUUGGGUUUUCGUGGGAGGGAACCGCAAGCGGUUGAGAUUUUAAGUUAAAUCGUUUUUUUUUUAACUCAGAUUAGUGAUUCAGUGCAAUUUGUUUUCUAUUUAAUCUUAGAAAUAUUUUCCUACGAACUAAAUAAUACACCAAAAAUUUGGCUUUAAAGAACUUAACAAUAUAUUUUCGUCCGAAACAAUAAUUAAUUAGGACAAAGUCAAGUUUUUAGCCUUUUUGAAUGUUAUCACUCAUAAUUUAAAUGAUUAUCCUAAAAAGUUUUAUUUUUUCUUGAUUGUCUUGCCAGUCUGUGCUAUUCCAGGUGUUGCCAAAAUAAUAUUGAAGCGAAACUUCCACACGCGCUAUUUUGGUCAAUCAGAAACUUGCGUUUUGAUAACUAAAGUCACAUAAGUUUUUAUCACCGUGCGACAUUCGGACAAGCAUUCCACUGCAACAAAGAUACUAUGAAAAUGAAAAUGAAAUUUGUUAUAGAAAAUAAUCACAAUAUUGCUUAUUUGGCAAAAAUUCAACCGACAAGAGAUUUAGAUAAGAAAUUUAUUAAUAUGAUAAAGCGUGUGGAAAAGUAACUUCAACGUUUAUUGUACGGAAUAGUUAGUUAACUUAAACCAGAUAGCAGAUAUGUACUGACAAUAAAGAAUUACAUGUCAACACGGUUUCUAAAAUGACUUACUGCAAGCAGAAUCCAAGCUAGUCAAAGAUAAUACAUCUGCUGUAUAAGAUAUUAGUGUGGAUCGUAUUCCAAAAAUAAUUUCUUUUCGGAAAAUUAAUUUUUUAGCUGAUAUAUAAAUUAAUAUCCAGAAAUGUUUUCUUGAUCAUGAAUAUUUUGAUUUCGAUGAAUUUAAGUUACCUACCUUGCGGAUGGCCAUUUUGAAUCGAAAAUAAUUAAAGAUCGUAAUCUGGUUAUUUCAACUUAAAAAUACCCAUUUGAUAUGGUGUUAGUUACUCUAUAAAUAAAACGCUUUUCACUGCAAUGAACAUGUAAGGAGAUUCCUUAGUUUGGCAACACCUUUUCGGCGGACCCUGUAUAAUACAACUUUUAAUCAAACAUAUUAUUUUCGAGAACCCGUGCUUUACCUGUUCGUGCCAUAUUUACUUCAAGCUAUUAGGUUUUCCUAUUAUAGCUAUGAAUUAACUAUUCUAGUCAAAUUGAACGUUCUCACCAAAAACACUUACUAAGUUAUUUAUUUAUGAACAUUUAGUGCAAUUUGUAUAUAAAGUGUACAGUUUUUGUUACUUUGUGUAAAUUUAUGUAAUAUAACAUUACU